CGUUCGGUCAGAACUUUCCCGCUGUGAGUUUCCAUUGGAGUUCUUCGAGGCCAGCCCCUUACUGAUUUGGGGGAGACAAGUUUGGAUUAUUCAGUGGGUGUGGGUGAAGAAGGUGAAGUGAAGACUAUUUUUUUUCGGCAAGGCACCGAACCGUUAUCCUAUCGGUCAUGUUGUUGUUUUUUUUUCUCUCACGUAGAUCGAAAUGACGUUACGGUUGACAUGCGACUUCAGGUGACCCCCAGGGGAAAUAUUGUUGGAAGAUUUUACCGAUGAACCUUCGAUUCGGUGUGGUUCGAUUCGAUGGUGUUGCCUGUCGGGUCAACGGAUGGAUUGCAGUGAGUGUACACCGGGAAACGGUACUGGAAGCGAAAGCAGUGAAGAUGUCGCUAAUCGACUUAUAAGCUUUGAAAAAUUGUGAAAGUGGAUUUACCAACUUGAAGAAAGUAUACUCUCAAAAGAUAAUUAAAUGAUUAAUUUUCGGGUUGCUCGGUGCUGUGCCACAAACAGAGGAUCGUUAACCCUUUCAUCUUCACUUCAAACGGAUGACGGGAGAAACGAAAAUAAAGUGCUUCUUUUAAAUUACAAGCAAAAGUGAAUCGUGAAAAAGUGUAAAAAAAUUAAUCUAAAUAUAGCUGACGGUUCAUGUCUACAUUGUUCGACUACAUGGCAAAGUGAAUCCGGAUUUAUCUCGCAUCUAACGACCUUCGUUGCUGGAUAAAUUCUCUUAACUUAACGAAUGCGCGAGUAACGGAGCUUGCCGGCACGACUUAAUCAGGAUCAGCUCGAACAAACAGCGUGUAAUCAGGAUUACAAUUUACAUCGAACCUUUUCAUCCGUGACAGGCAGACUAUGGCCCGAUCGCAUCGUGAUGGUGAGAAAAAUCGUAUAAAAACAUAAGUGCUUCUUGAAAAUCCACCCAACCACCCUCGGCUUCCACUGGCCGGGCUGGGAUUUGGGAUAAUAAUAAUGCCCUGACCUGCCCUGCCCUGGCCAGAAUCAUAACCAUAAAUUAAUCGGUCAUUUAUAUGCUAAACACUUUCCGUUUUUGGCCGCUUUUUCGCAUCCUGCCGGGAGUCUAGCCUGCGUGUGAGCUUUGCUUCAUAAAUAUGUGUUCUAUAAAAGCUUUUCCCACGCGCCACCCCUAGAUCGGUUACUUUCCGAAGGAUAAUAAGAAGUGAAACAUCCGAAAAAGCGUCUGGUGUCGGUUCAAAAUAGUCGUAAAAGUUGAAUUGUUUCCAGUCUCCAGUGCUUUUGAUCUUUGAACGAAAAAGGAAGUGGUGCUGAAAAAAAGUCGGCUCUCAACAAAAAAAUAGAACGAGAAGGGAAGGCAUCCGUACCAAAACGGAAGCGGAUGAAAAGUGAACACUUUACAGCGAACGAAAGCGAGUGUGGUGUCGAUAAUACUUUACGGCGGAAGUGGUGAAAAGCAGCCGGAAAAAUAUAGCACGAAGAAGCAGUGACGGGUUAUAGGGCCCAAAAUAGCAGGGGAAAACGGUUCGAACCCGGAGAAACGAAGCUCGCAGUAGCAAACAAACACGAGAAAGGUGGCGAGGUGAGUGAGAGGAAAAAUGUGGCUGGAAAAGCUGAUGCUAGUGUAUCUGCUGGCGCUGUUCAACUCGCUGGACGGAUACUUUCUGGAUAACAACCUGCAGAACACCGGGCGUCAUCGGAGGAAAGAUUCCAACGAGGCCAAAUCAUCGCACCGAAACACCCUCAGUUUGUCACAUCACCACGAGAGUCAAUUCAUCACCAAGAACAACAGUAGAGUAGUUAGUCAACGAGGGGGCCUCGCGGUGCUGCCCUGUAGUGUCACCAUGUCAACACCAGCCACUGUUUCGUGGUUCCGGCGGAAAGACUACCAGCUGCUGACGGUCGGUUUGUCCACGUACAGCAGCGACGAACGGUUCCUGGUGGAGCACACGCGCCAUCUGGGCAACUGGGCGUUACGGAUAAAGAACGCCCGCAAGGAGGACGAAGGACUGUACGAGUGCCAAAUUUCCACCCAUCCGCCACAGUCGAUAUUCAUCGAGCUUAGGAUCGUAGAGGCAGCCGCAGAAAUAUUGGAAGCACCUGAUUUACAUAUAGACGAGGGAUCGACACUGCGGCUUGAAUGUAAGCUGAAACGUGCCACAGAAAGUCCCCUGUAUGUCUUUUGGUACCACGAGGAUCGGAUGGUCAACUACGACCAGGAGGAUGGCAUCUCGGUGUCUACAAACAAGCUGACGUCGAGCAUCCUGACGGUGCGGAAUGCGACAGCCCGACACGGAGGGAAUUACACUUGUGCACCUGCCAACGCAAGACAAUCGAGUGUCUACGUGCACGUGCUCAAAGGUGAAAAACCAGCCGCAAUGCAACAUCCGAACAAAAGUCCCACGGCAGCAUCCGGUGCGAGCAGUGGAGGAAGCACUACCACAGCCGUCAGUCGGCGACUAACGAGCUCUUCCAGUUGCUGGCUGGCCGCUCUGCUGCUGACCUGGACCUACUACUGGUCCUCUCCGUGGAUCCUGGUCUACCCCGGUCACUACUUCGCUCGAGUAUCUUCCUCUGUGAGAACGCUGCCAGCGGUGGUGUUCCGUUCUACGACUAGCUUUAGGGUGACAUUUUGUAUACUACUAGUGCUGGUCACCGUGAAGACUAUAUUCAGCAAAAGUAUUAAAUUGUUCGAUGCGGUUUAAAUUCGGCGGACAGGGGGGGAGAGAACCAUGGAAUGAUGACCGAGUUCAACGCUGGCCACGGUUGGUGGUGGUACUCAAGGGCCUAUGCAGGUUAGAGGAGUUCGUUUCUAGAGACAACUAGUUAUAAAUAUUUUGUACAGGUUUUCUAGUAUUAAAGUGUAUAGAGUUAAUCUUGCUCUGUUUAGGGAAUGUUGAAAUUGCGAAUGGGUUUCCGAAUACUAUGAAUACCAGACCGUGUGAACACAGUUCAGUGGGAUACCGACUUUCACCAGACCAGACGAAACAUCAAAGAGUCUGCUGCAGCUUUUCUGUUGGAUUGAGGGGAAAAAUUUCCAGUACGUUCAAACCAAAGUCAGGCCGGCAAUAAGUCAAUUCACAGUCAAGGUACUACCCUACGUUCCCUUCGGAACGAUUUAUGAGGGUAUAUGAUUCGUAUAACAAUAGCCCACCUGCCUAAAAGAUGAGUGGUCGAAUGUCAUAAAGCAAAACUCUUGUCGAAAGAACUCACCACAUCGCAAAUAAAAGGAUAGAAGGUACCUAGCGUGCUUUUGCUUUCCGGUAACGCCUUCAUCUAGCAAAAGCAAUGGAACUUCACCUACAACGCCUUUUCCAAGGGGAUGGUUGGUAGGCUAGAAGUGAGGAGUAUACAUACCAUCAUUCAGUUCAAGCCCCAGCCACAGGCAGGCAAAGACUCACGGAAGGAUUUAUGAUGGAUAUUUUUCAGAAUCAAAUUUGCCAGCAAUAAAAUUGGUUGCCACCUUGGGGUGAUUUAUAGGUGAUGGCUGGAGGGAAGCGACGAAGUGCUGUUGGAUAUGUUUUACGUUCAUGUUUUCGGUAUCGCAGUUGGAAGUAAUCAAUAAGUUCAAUUCGAAUAAAUGGGGAAUCAAUAACGGGAAAUCGAACUUUAACUCUUUCGAAACCAAAAAGUAAUGGAUAUUGAAUUUAUUUUGGUAUAUGAAUUGGUCGAUUGAAAUGUAGAACAGCAAAAACUUGAAGAACACCAAGAAUGAAAAGGUUGGAGGAAUUAAUAUCAAUAGUUUCUAGAUAUCUCAGGUCAUUACAAUUGAUGUCUUCGAUAUCAUAACAAAUUACUCGAAAUAUAGGAAAUUUGUUUUUUUCAAGGGGUUUCCAACAGCGUUGAUUACAUGUCACUCACGAAAAAAAUUACCUAGAUUAUUUCAUGGUUUUAAAGAUUAUUCUUUCGAAAGUCCGAUUAAUAUUUGAUUACACGAUUGCUGUAAAAUUCCUCAAUUACUCUAGCUUACUUGCAAUCAAAGUGAAUUCCUAUUGGAAUUACUUCAGAUUAUUCGAUUAUUUUAAGUGGAAUCUGCUCAUCGCUAUUUUAUUAGAUAAUCCAUUUAACCAUUCUAGUACUGCUGGAUUUUUUUACUUUAAAAGCCACAAUGUAUGUGAACUCACAAAAAAUCAAAACGACAAUUCGGAUAAAUAAGAAACUGUUGUUUGCUUGUUUUUUUAUCAUUUCUUAUACACAAUCUUCAACAACUAAUAAUUAAACGAUUUUCUUGUGUUGAUUGCAGGGGAAAUUCAAAUGACCUAUGCUCACAAAGAGAAAAACACAUCAGUCUUUUUGGAUAUCGAGUGGCUGCAUCAGCAUGCAGACCCGUAGCGUGCGGUUGGCCCGCGUCAAGGGCGCUAACCUUAGAGUGGCACUGAAAUCUUGAUCUGUGUUAUAAAAUAAGUGAAGAUAAAUCAUAAAUUAUUGCUCGAAAUGAAAAGACCGAGGAAUAAUUUAUGAUUUAUCUCCUUAAUGCUGUAGAAAAGAUCGUGAAGAAAGUUAGAUCUUUUAUCAUCGUGAAGAUUUAACUCCAUCCCGUACCGUGAAAAUUAAAGUCUUCUCAGUGCCGCUAGAAGUUACCCAAAAUCAUAACGUUCUCGGCAACUAUCCUAGACCCAACCAAUCCUGCACUAAAAUGCAACUCUAAUUGAACUGUUUGGGAUUUUUGUUGUUCCUGAUGUACAGAACAGCAGAAACAGUCACAGAUGUCUCCACAAGGGGAUCGUUUUCUUGCAUUUAAUGCAAAACAUGACGCGCGGUAUGAGCACGCAGACGAACCUUGUCGAAGAACAUUUGCUUAGACAACACAAUCGCAGACGCGAUACAAGUUUGGAGGGAUAUACAAUUUCAUCCCAUCCUGUGAUUCAAAAUCUCACUCACUGGAGAAAGGGGUCCUUGAAAAAGCCAACCCUAUUCACCCCAUGCAAGAUCAGAUCGAUUCAGUAACCCCACCGUCGAUCUCAACUAUAUGAACAGACAUGUGGACACGGUAGUCCUUCAGAUAAAACUUCGAUGGUGAAUCUUGUUCGACAUCCAUUUAUCCCACUGUCUUUUUCAGAAUAAUUUAUUUAUACGCGGGCCUAGAACCCAGCGAAAAGUAAAAACUUGAAGAAUAGGAACGGUGGGACAGAAAUUACGGGAGAUACUAGAAAUUUAAAAACGAGUCAGGAGAUAAUAAAGCAAAAGUGUGAUCGCCUAUCGUUUCUCGAUGUAUGGCUGGAUGCUAAUUCAUGUUAAUUCCGAUCUAAUGAUAUGCACCGUACUCAUCAAUUGACUAACCAGUUCACAGCUCCUAAAAAAUUGUCUUCUCAGUAUACUGGUCUUGAUAUACAGUCUCCUGAAUAAAUGCCCCGCCCGUUGCCAUCAAACACCCACCGUCAACUGAUUUCACACAUGAACAGUUCAAGAUUUGUGGGAUAAUUUACAUAAAAUGAACGAUAGUCAAACACGAACGAUUUGCGAUCGAAUCUUUUAGAUUUCGGCGUUGUUACAGGUUUCCAGCCAUUGGAAAUAUUUGAAACGGUUGGUGAAGGAACAAAUAUUCAAAUAAAUUUUUCGGAUUGUUGUAUGAUAGAGGCGGGUUGUAUUCCUAAAUCGCUUGCUCAGUUGACCGAUCCGCACGUAUAGUCACCCAAAAAAUUCGUCCGUUGCCUUUAAACAUCUAACGAUAACUGAUUUCACGAAGUCUCCUAAAAAAACGCCUCGUCAAUCGCAUUCAAGUACUUGACUACGAAUGAUAUUGCAAAUAAAACCUGCAAAGUUGCUCUAUAUUGAUGUCUACCCGGUUAGAUUGCCACAACGUUGAACAAUUUCCCACCAAGGACGCUAGUCUUGGGAGAGCACUGAAAAUUUUAUUUGCUUCAUUGACUAAGUGUAGAUAAGUCACUAAAUAAGUCCGGAUAUGUGUGCAAUUUCCAAGUACACACUAAAUUAUUACUCGAAAGUCGAACUGAAAGGGGCGCAAAACUGAGACUCUGCCAAGGGCACAAGAUAACCACGCUACGGCUCUGUCAGCACCGAUAUUAAACAACUUGCUAUCUUUCGCAUGACGAUUCACAAACAUCACAAUUUGGCAAGUGGGUCUUCUUCAGGAUUCAUAUCAUAGCCCCCUUUUGUACAAUUUGUUUGUAAAUGAUGACGAUGUUUUGUUAUUUUUUGCACGAAUCCAUUUUUUCGUACAUUAAUAAGAAUAUGGUAAGGUGCUCUAAUGUGUCCAAGCUCGUUUUGGAAUGGCCAUUGAAUUAAUAUAAAAAAUAA